UCCUUCCCCCAACCUCUCGCCAUUUCUCCCCCAAUCUCUCAAAAAACCCACCACUCGAAUCCACCACGACCUUCUCCUUCCUCCCUCCCUCCCCUAGGGUUUCGUGACCUAGCUAGCACCAGCGGUCUCUCUCGGUGGCCAUGGCGACCACGACCUUCCCCACCUCGACCCCCUUCUUCGCCCACCAUGGCAGGCGGCGGCCGUCCCCGUCCGUCUCCGUCCGCACCGCCGCCGCGGUGUACGGGCGCGGCGGGGGCCGGAGGUGGCGGCCGCUGCGGGUGGCGUGCGAGAAGGUGGUCGGGAUCGACCUCGGGACCACCAACUCCGCGGUGGCGGCCAUGGAGGGCGGCAAGCCGACGAUCGUCACCAACGCCGAGGGCGCCCGCACCACGCCGUCGGUCGUCGCCUACACCAAGUCCGGUGACCGGCUGGUGGGGCAGAUCGCCAAGCGACAGGCGGUCGUCAACCCGGAGAACACCUUCUUCUCCGUCAAGCGCUUCAUCGGCCGCAAGAUGAACGAAGUCGACGAGGAGUCCAAGCAGGUCUCCUACCGCGUCAUCAGGGACGACAACGGCAACGUCAAGCUCGACUGUCCCGCCAUUGGCAAGCAGUUCGCCGCCGAGGAGAUCUCCGCCCAGGUGCUUAGAAAGCUGGUGGAUGAUGCAUCAAAGUUCUUGAACGAUAAAGUCACAAAGGCAGUGAUCACAGUCCCAGCAUAUUUCAAUGACUCACAAAGGACAGCAACAAAAGAUGCUGGCCGGAUUGCUGGGUUGGAAGUUCUCCGCAUCAUAAACGAGCCUACUGCAGCAUCUUUGGCAUAUGGGUUUGAAAAGAAGAACAAUGAGACCAUUCUUGUUUUUGACCUGGGAGGAGGCACAUUUGAUGUUUCAGUUCUUGAAGUUGGUGAUGGUGUUUUUGAGGUGCUGUCUACAUCUGGUGACACUCACCUUGGUGGUGAUGACUUUGACAAGAGGGUUGUUGAUUGGCUGGCGGGGAACUUCAAGAAUGAUGAAGGUAUUGACCUACUAAAAGACAAGCAGGCCUUGCAACGUCUUACAGAAGCAGCUGAGAAGGCAAAGAUGGAGCUAUCAUCCUUGACCCAAACAAAUAUCAGUUUACCCUUCAUUACAGCUACUGCUGAUGGGCCCAAGCAUAUCGAGACAACUCUUACCAGGGCUAAAUUUGAGGAGCUAUGUUCAGAUCUUCUUGACAGGUUGAGGACCCCUGUGGACAAUGCCCUCAGAGAUGCAAAGUUGUCAUUUAAAGACAUAGAUGAGGUGAUCCUUGUCGGUGGCUCCACCAGAAUUCCAGCUGUGCAGGAUCUUGUGAAGAAAAUGACUGGAAAGGACCCCAAUGUGACUGUCAACCCUGAUGAGGUUGUUGCACUUGGAGCAGCUGUUCAGGCAGGAGUGUUGUCUGGUGAUGUGAGCGACAUUGUUCUUCUUGAUGUAACACCACUUUCUCUGGGUUUGGAGACACUGGGUGGUGUGAUGACCAAGAUUAUCCCAAGGAACACAACUUUGCCCACCUCCAAGUCAGAGGUCUUCUCAACCGCUGCUGAUGGCCAGACUAGCGUGGAGAUCAAUGUCCUCCAAGGAGAGAGAGAGUUUGUCAGGGACAACAAAUCUCUUGGUAGCUUUCGGCUUGAUGGAAUUCCUCCUGCCCCACGGGGUGUUCCACAAAUCGAAGUUAAGUUUGACAUCGAUGCCAAUGGCAUCCUUUCUGUCAGCGCCGUAGACAAGGGUACUGGAAAGAAGCAGGACAUUACGAUAACUGGUGCCAGCACAUUGCCGAAGGAUGAGGUGGAGAAGAUGGUUGAAGAAGCAGAGAAGUUUGCCAAGGAGGACAAAGAGAAGAGGGACGCAAUCGACACCAAGAACCAGGCAGAGUCUGUCAUCUACCAGACUGAGAAACAAUUGAAGGAGCUCGGUGACAAGGUCCCAGGCGAUGUGAAGGGUAAGGUUGAGGCGAAGCUGACGGAGCUCAAGGACGCUGUUGCAGGUGGCUCGACACAGACGAUGAAGGAUGCUCUCGCUGCUCUGAACCAGGAAGUGAUGCAGCUGGGGCAGGCCCUCUACAGCCAGCAGGGUGCCCCAGGAGCAGGACCUACCCCAGGAGCUGAUGCUGCCGCUGGCUCUGCUGGCCCAUCCGAGAAGCCAGGAGGCGAGGAAGGUGAUGUCAUCGAUGCUGAUUUUACAGACAGCCAAUGAGCAGGAGAGUAGUUAGGUCCGAAAUUUUAAGGAACGUUUCGCGACGAGUUUGAAAUUUGUUCCACAAGAUUGUAGGAUCUGGGGUGUAUCUUUUUGUUAGAUGGGCACCUUUGCUUCCUAUUUGUGGAGUUUUGGGCGGCGGAGUUUUUGAGUUCUGGGAAUUUCACUUCCAAAUAGAUGAUGCUUUCGUUGCUCAUACAUACAUAUUCUUAUGCCCUGUAGAUUCGAGUUGGCAACUGCAUGGUUCUCAAAAAAGAAAAAAAAGGAGUUGGCAACUGCACCAGCA